GCUGGAGGCGCUCAGGGGGCGAGUUUCCUAUUUAAAUCCGACCAGCGAGGAAGAUGGCGGCGGGCGGACUGUUCUCUUAUUGAAGUAAAAUAUUAUAGAUUCCUGAAACUGAACAGUGGAAUGCAUGAGUUUAAGUGUUGCUGAUGCAUAGUCAAAAUGAGUGGAUUAGGAGAAAACUCCUUAGAUCCACUGACUGCUGAUUCCCGAAAACGUAAAUUGCCAUGUGAUACUCCAGUACAAGGUCUGGCUGGCAGUGGGGAGAAGUGGCGACGGGAGCAGGAGAGUAAAUACCUCGAGGAGUUGGCUGAGUUGAUAUCUGCUAAUCUCAGUGACAUUGACAGUUUCAAUGUCAAACCGGAUAAAUGCGCAAUUUUAAAGGAAACUGUGAGACAGAUCCGACAGAUCAAGGAACAAGGAAAGGCAGCUUCCGUUGAUGAUGAUGUUCAGAAAGCUGAUGUAUCUUCUACAGGGCAGGGAGUUAUUGAUAAAGAUUCCUUAGGACCACUUUUACUGCAGGCCUUGGAUGGUUUUCUCUUUGUGGUGAAUCGUGAUGGGACCAUUGUAUUUGUGUCAGAAAAUGUCACACAGUACCUUCAGUAUAAGCAAGAAGACUUGGUUAACACCAGCGUCUACAGUAUCUUGCAUGAAGAUGACAGGAAGGAUUUUCUCAAGAAUUUGCCUAAGUCAGCAGUUAAUGGAGAUCCAUGGACAAAUGAGGCACCUAGACAAAAAAGUCACACGUUUAAUUGCCGUAUGUUGGUGAAAACAGUGCAUGAUAUUCUAGAUGAUGUGGGUAGCAGUCCUGAUAUGCGCCAGAGAUAUGAGACAAUGCAGUGUUUUGCCUUGUCUCAGCCACGAGCUAUGAUGGAGGAAGGAGAAGAUUUACAAUCUUGUAUGAUAUGCGUGGCACGCCGCAUCACUACAGCGUUUCCUUCAAACCCUGAAAGCUUUAUUACUAAACAUGACCUUUCAGGCAAAGUUGUCACUAUAGAUACAAACUCACUGAGAUCUUCUAUGAGACCUGGCUUUGAAGAUAUAAUCAGAAGGUGCAUUCAGAGAUUUUUUAGCCUCAAUGAUGGACAGACAUGGUCCCAAAAACGGCACUAUCAGGAAGCUUAUAUUCAAGGACAUGCCGAAACCCCUGUUUAUCGGUUCUCCUUAGCUGAUGGGACUAUAGUGAGUGCCCAAACAAAGAGCAAACUUUUUCGGAAUCCUGUAACUAAUGAUCGCCAUGGCUUUCUUUCUACUCACUUCCUACAGAGAGAGCAGAAUGGAUACAGACCAAAUCCCAACCCAGUGGGACAAAACAUACGAGCUCCCACAGUCGGAUGUGCCAGUUCUGUUGGAGGAAUGACUAUGUCGCCAAAUCAAAGCCUACCAAUACAGAACAGGCCCUACUCCUUGGGAGAUCCCAAUGCAGUGGGACAGAUGAGUGGCAUUAGAUAUGGAGGCCCUAAUAACAUGAGCUCUAUGAACCUUGGACCAGGAAUGCAGUCCUCUCCCUAUCAGAACAACAAUUAUGGGCUAAAUAUGAACAGCCCCCCACAUGGUAGCCCUGGCCUUGGCUCCAGUCAGCAGAAUAUAAUGAUUUCUCCUCGUAACAGGGGUAGUCCAAAGAUGCCUUCACAUCAGUUUUCUCCUGUUCCAGGUAUGCAUUCUCCAAUGGGAUCUGCUAGCAACUCUGGCGGCAACAGUUUCUCCAGCAGCUCUCUCAGUGCCCUUCAAGCCAUCAGUGAGGGUGUGGGGACUUCUCUUUUGUCUACACUUUCUUCACCAGGCCCCAAGUUGGAUAAUUCUCCAAAUAUGAACGUGAACCAACAAAGUAAACUAGGCAGCCAGGAUUCUAAGAGUCCCGCUGGCUUGUAUUGUGAACAGAAUCCAGUGGAAAGCUCCAUUUGCCAAGCCAAUAGCAGGGACCACCCCAGUGAUAAAGACAAUAAAGAAACUGGUGUCGAAGGGCCAGAGAAUCCGAGGGGACCACCUGAAAGCAAAGGCCAUAAAAAACUACUUCAGUUACUAACAUGCUCUUCAGAUGACCGGGGACAUUCCACUCUGACAAAUUCUCCACUAGAUCCAGGGUGUAAAGAUUCUGCUGCCAGUGUCACCAGCCCUUCCGGAGUCUCCUCUUCUACGUCGGGAGGAGUUUCUUCCACAUCAAACAUGCAUGGCUCUCUGCUGCAAGAGAAGCACAGAAUUUUGCACAAAUUGCUGCAGAAUGGCAAUUCUCCUGCUGAAGUAGCCAAGAUUACAGCUGAAGCCACUGGGAAAGAUACGAGCAGUGUAGCUUCUAGUGAAGGAAUAAUUAAGCAGGAGCAGCUAAGUCCCAAGAAGAAGGAAAACAAUGCACUUCUUCGAUAUCUGCUUGAUAGGGAUGAUCCUAAUGAUUCACUUUCUAAAGACAUAAAACCUAAAGUGGAAGGUGUAGAUAAUAAAAUAGGACAGUGCAGCACCUCUUCUAUUCCUACUUCAAAUCAAGAAAAAGAGAUUAAAGUGAAGACUGAACAAAAUGAAGAGGUGAGUGGAGACUUGGAUAAUUUAGAUGCUAUUCUUGGUGAUCUGACAAGUUCUGACUUUUAUAACAAUGCCAUGUCCACAAGUGGUAAUAACCUGGCAAAUAAGCAACAGAUGUUUCAAGGAAAUACCCCUUUAGGUUUGAGAAGCCCACAGUCUCUGCCAUCUGCUCGUCCUCCUUUUAAUCGAGCUGUAUCCUUGGAUAGCCCUAUUCCUGUUGGUUCAAGCCCUCCAGUGAGAAAUAUUAAUGCAUUUCCCAUGUUACCAAAGCAGCCUGUGGUAAGCGGGAAUACAAGGAUAAUGGAUACACAGGAGAAUUUUGGCUCUAACAUGGGUGGGCCGAAUAGAAAUAUGACUAUGAACCAUCAUCCCUCAGGAGAGUGGGGUUUGCCAAAUUCUAAAGUUAGUAGAUUGGAACAAAACACAAGUUCGUUGGUGAGGCCAGGAACUGACUAUAGUAAUUCUUUACCCAGACCUGCAAUGGGUGGUGCUUUGCCUGGCCUUCCUGUUAGGUCCAAUAGUAUACCUGGUACAAGGCCAGUGCUGCAGCAGCAGAUGAUUCAUAUGAGACCUGGUGAGAUUCCUAUGGGCAUGGGAGUAAAUGCCUAUGGCCAGACAGGACCCUCUAAUCAACCUGGAUCUUGGCCUGAUAAUAUGUUAUCCAUGGAUCAGAGCCCUCGUGGGACGCAAAAUAGAGCCCUUGUUAGGAAUUCCCUAGAUGAUCUCUUGUGUCCUCCUUCUAACAUAGAAGGUCAGAGUGAUGAAAGAGCUCUUUUGGAUCAGUUACAUACUCUAUUGAGUAACACAGAUGUCACAGGACUUGAAGAAAUUGAUAAAGCUUUGGGAAUUCCUGAUCUUGUAAAUCAAGGACAAGCUUUGGAAACUAAACAGGAGUCUUUCCAAAGUCAAGAAUCUGCAGUAAUGAUUGACCAAAAGUCUGCUCUGUAUGGACAAUCCUAUCAAGCCCAGUCUGCAGUAAUACAAGGAGGUUUCAGUAAUCUUCAGGGACAACAGCAACAGUAUAAUUCAAUGAUGAAUCAAAUGAGCCAACAGGGUAACUUUCCACUACAGGGAAUGCAUCCCAGAGCUAACAUGAUGAGACCCCGAACAAAUACACCCAAACAACUUAGAAUGCAACUCCAACAGAGACUUCAGGGCCAGCAGUUUCUGAACCAGAGCCGUCAGGCCCUUGAAAUGAAAAUGGAAACCCCUCCUGCUAGUGGAGCUACAGUGAUGAGGCCUGUAAUGCAGGCCCAAGUAAAUUCUCAGCAGCAAGGUUUUCUCAAUGCCCAGAUGGUAGCCCAGCGCAGUAGAGAGCUGAUCAGUCACCAUAUCAGACAGCAUCGGAUGGCAAUGAUGAUGCAGCAGCAGCAGCAGCAGCAGCAGCAGCAGCAGCAGACACAGACCUUCAGCCCUCCCCCCAAUGUGACUGCUUCAGCCAGCAUGGAUGGUGCUUUAGCUGGGACCUCGAUGCCACAAGCUCCUCCCCAACAGUUUUCAUACCCACCAAAUUAUGGAAUGAGCCAACAGUCAGAUCCUGCCUUUAGCAGAGUAGCUAGUCCUCCAAGUGCAAUGAUGUCAUCAAGAAUUGGUGCCUCCCAGAACCCCAUGAUGCAGCACCCUCAGACUGCACCAAUGUAUCAGUCCCCAGAAAUGAAGGGCUGGCCAUCAGGAACCUUGUCCAGGAACAGUUCAUUUCCACAGCAGCAGUUUCCCCCCCAGGGUAGCCCUACUCCCUACAGUAUGAUGCACAUGAAUGGUAACAGUGGCCACAUUGGACAAAUGAACAUGAAUUCUAUGCCCAUGUCUGGGAUGCCCAUGGGUCCUGAUCAGAAAUACUGCUGACACAUGAAAUCCAGAACCUCCCACUGAAAAUCUGUACAAAAGUCUCUGCACUAGUAUUUUUCAGGAGGUAAAAUAAAGGGUUACACAUUGUUAGUGACAUCUUACUUAUGAAAAGGACCUGCUUCCCCCAAAUCUUCAUUAAGGUAUCCCAAGUAACUUCAUUUGAACAGAUCUGGGUCAUGAGCUAAAACAUUGUCUACCUGUUUUUCUGUAUAUUGUGGUAUAUUAAGCAAUGGACAUAAAUAUUUUUGGCAUUCUGCCUCUAGAGAUGUGAAUCUGGCAAUGGCAUUUUAGUAAAUAUAGACUCCCUGUGCGUUAUUAUUUCUUUCUGCCUUGCUAUCCAAAGUCCUUUAAAUGUAGGCAGGCCAAAGAAAGUGGAGAGUUGUGGGAUAGAAAAGUCUGGUUUCUCUAGUAGCAAUGUCUGACAAAGAAUGUAGUUCCCAGCCUUGAGGCCUUUUUUCAUUGGUGAACAGUCCUCUCUUAACCUCUUGUCUCCAGUAAAUCAGAAUGCUUGAGGUCAUGUCAUCAACUUGAUAUGGGCUUUGGACUCCUCACCACCAUGAUGGUUAUGCCCUCUAAUUCUCUUAGAAUUACCACUAGCAUCUAAUAUUCCAGAUUAUGACUGAUAGCAAGUGGCUUUGCAGAAAGGAAAAUGGAAAUGACAGUAUUUAAUUGCAAUAGUGGCUAAUAUUUACAUGCUAAUGUGCAGCCAAGUGCACUUUAUCUAGAAAGUAAUGGAUUAAUGCAAUAUUUUUGAGGUCUUAUGGCGAGCUGUAUUAUGUUCUCCGUCCGAGCUAAUCCAUCGGGCAGGAACUGUAAACUCACUCAAAAGGACUGGAUAAUGUCACACUUUGCCUAUAUGGUAGAGCAAUAAUCCUUUUUGAAAAUCAAUUUCAGAAAACCCAAGGCCGGGUACUGCAGUCUGAAUCAGAAAUUUGCAGUCUGUUUCUGUGAAUAGGUUUUUGUAAAUACAAUCGUUAAGAUAUUGUAUUAUGUGUACAUAUAAAUGACUUUUGUAGGUCACAAGAACUCAUUUUUGCAGAGUUUGUGAAGCUAAGUAUUUAACAGUGUUGAUUUCUGUAAGCUCAGCAUAGUGAGGUAAAAAAUAGAAGACAUUCUUAAUUUAAUGACCUGGGAAGGGUUUGGGUGGGGGAUGGUGGCAGCCUUUAGCUUCCCUUCUCCUUUGGUCUUGGACACCUCACUCAUUUCCAUCUUUAAAAAAAAAAUAGCUUUCUAAAAAGACGAUUCAUUUAGGGUUAGGCAAUUGUAAUUGUUUUCUCCACCUGAACUAAGCACUUUGUUAAUUUUUUUUUGGUGGGGGGAGGGUAUUAUUUUAGUUUUUAAAAAUAUAGUGUGAUCUGACAAGAAAAAGAGCUCUCUGCCUUUUUCAGCUCUCCAUGAAUUGUAUGACAGCAAUUCAGGGUAUUUUUUUUUAAACUUAAACACGUUGCCUUUUCAGUCAGGGAGUGGAUGAAUGACAUAGGUUUUGUCACUGCUUUGAACUGAUGUAAACAGCAGCUUGUUACUAUGAGUUUGUGUUAAUUUUCAAUGUCGUCUUAGCCAUUUCUUGUUAACACCUUAGCUAGGAUUGUUGUUUUCUUUAUCCCCCUGUGAACAAAGCUGGCCUUUCUGGUCAGCUCUAACCCUUUAGUGAAUUACGACUUAGGUCACUAAUGUCAACGCUUGAUUGUCCAUGCAUCAGAUAUGAUAACUGCCCGCUGGGUCUUGUUUUUGUCUAUAGAUACCAAUACCAGUUGGCAGUCAGUGGAAAGGAAGGAAAGAUAUAACUUAAAACCAUUCUAUGCAGGUCACCUGUUAUCUUAGUCCUAAAUUUCAGCCAUGAAUUUUGGCAUUGUCAGUGGGUUUAUUAUAAUGUUCCCGACAUUCUUGUUUGCCAUAUUUACACAUGGGAGUUGGCAAUAAGUUAGUUUUCAGCAAGUUCCUGAAAGUAAGUCUUUAGCAGUGCAAGCAUGAAUUUCCAAAGCUGUUAUUAAAAUGGGGGUGGGAAAAAUUGGAAUGUUAAUAUAUGUCAAUUUUAGAAGCUCUGGGACUUAAAAUUAGUGACAACCACUAUCCUCUCCUUAGGCUAAUGUAUUUGGGAAUAAGAUGUAGGUUAUUUUAAUGGGUCUCUUUUAUUUCCUCACCAGUCUCCCCCCAGCCUCCCCCCCCCCCAAGAAAACCAAGCAGACAAAAACACAACACCCCACUCUCCCACAAACUUGAUCUAUAUCUGAAGACAGUAGAUUAUGAACUUUAGAGGACUCAAGACCAUCGACUUGCCUCAUUUGGAGAGCUGUAUUUACAGUAGGUGAAGGGAAGAAGUAUUUCUAUUUUUAUUUUUGGAGUGGGGAAGACAAGGGGUUAAGUGACCUGCCCAAGGUCACACAGUUAGUAAGUGUGUCAAGUGUCUGAGGCUAGAUUUGAACUCAGGUCCUCCUGACUCCAGGGCUGGUGCUCUAGGUGUGCUGCCUAGCCGUCCCGUAUUUUUAUAGCACCGACUUUGUGCUGGGCACUGUACUAAGUGCUUUUUACAAAUAUUAUCUUGGGUACAUGCCAUUAGUAUCCCAGCUUUACAGAUGAGAAAACUAAGGCAGAUAGAGGUUAAAUGACUUGCCCAGGGUCACAAAGCUAGUCUGAGGCUGGAUUUGAACUCAGGUGUUCCUGAUUCCAGGCCCAGUGCUUUUACCCCCUGUGCUACCAGCUGCCUCUCUAGGGAAAUCAGUUACUUUCCUACCACCCCUUAUAUCAUAGAUUCUAUUCUUGGGGUGUGUGAGUUUCCCUUGUUUGACUUCUCUUUGUCUUUAACAAAGAGAAUGGUGCUCUUCCCUUUUUUGCUCUAAACACCACACCCCCAACCCUUUGAGGUCUCUUCAGAACUGAUUCCAGGGGUAGCCUUACAUGGCCAGGCACUGGAAAGAAGGCAGCUCUCUUCUCCCUACUUUUUAUAUUCAGUAUGAAACCUGCCAGACUCUUCAAACAUUUUAUACUUCUUCAUUAUGCUGGUGAAACCUGCAAAUAUUGAUGGCUUUUUGUACAUCCUGCCCUUUUUACUUUUUUUGAAAAAUUCUCGUGCUAUUUUUCUGACCCCUCCUUUACUUCUCUGUGUCCCUUUUCUAAAACAUAGUAUCUGAAGGAUGUACAAGAAAUCCUAACUUCAUCUGAUUUUAGAAUGUUGGAUAUUAUCAGUAUUUACUUUUUGCUGAAUCCAAAGAUAUAUUUUUUUUAUUAAGCUCAAAAUGUGAUAUAAAAGAAAUAAAUGUUCCUUCCUUUAAAAAAAAUGAAAUUGCAUUGUUAAUGAUUUUCUCUUGACAAUGCCAUUUAUGAAUCAUUUAUCUGGACAGAAAGAACUGUAGAAUACAGACAGCACUGCUUAAUAUUUCAGUGUUUAAUAUCUAAGAGAUGGGUUGGGGUGGGAUUUUUUUCCCCCAAUUUAGUUCCACAGGAAAACACUUGUUAGGAAAAUUCUUUGAUUUGGAAAGUGAGGCCAUUUGAAUGCUAGCAGUGGCUGCUUUAACCUGCUGCAGGGAAGUCACUUUUACUACCUGUCUAUCUGGUCUCCUUUUAGGCACAGAAGCUGCACACGUGUGAGCUAGUUAAAGAAUUAAUAGCAUCCCAGAUAUUUGCUUUGAACAGCAAGGGAGUGAGAGCUUUUUUUUUUCCUGCUAUAAGGCAAAACCUUUUGAAUGUUACAUUUUGUAAUGUGCAGGGGUUUUUUUCUUUAAUUUUUUUUUUUGGUUAAUAUGUGGAAUUUUAAAGAUGGUGGAAAUGAUACAGCAAUCACAAAAUUGUAUGUAAUUCUGAGAGCAAUAUUUAAAAAUUCUCAGGAGAAGGCUUACAGUAUUGAGAAUGAAUUAAAUUUAAAUGUAGUUUACAUUAAGUAUUGCUUGAAAUAUCUGUAUCUUUCUUUACACUGCAAAAAAUCCAAACCCCAUGGGAUGAUUUAUAAGAUGGCUGGGUUGUAAGCUAUGACUGCUUUUUCUGAUUGUUUUUUUGGAUGUUAAUGUCAAUGUAAAUAAAGGUUUCUAUUUAAAGCUGGA